CUCAGCAAAAAUUAAAGGUUUAUUUGGAAUUUUAUCAGUUGUAUUACUUUUAAGAAGUUCAGAACAUUUAAGUGACUAUCAUUUAGAAUUUAAGAUAUUUAUACAUCACGAUAAGCACUUGACUCCGAUUUUCGGAUCAUGUUUAUAUGUUAAGAUGGAAGGCCAUGAAGGGCUUAAUCUACAGACGUUCUUGCAAAGUUCAAAAUCGUACGAAAGCUCUCUUUUGGAAUGUCUGGAACAAAUUGAGCAGCAGCUAGCGUCCAAAUUAGAACGAGAGGGCCGAAUGCGCCAUGCCUUAUCUUCGGCUGUUACUGCUCCAGUCACGACAGUGCUUUUUCGGAGCCCAUAUUUCCAAGACGCCAAAGGACAACAUGCGCCCCCACUUCCCGCAGAAAUGGAAGCAAACGACUUACUGGACAUUUUGGAUCCUUACGAAGUGAAAACUGUCUGGACCAAGCGGCAAGAUAAAUUACUGAAAGAUGUGGUUACAAAGCGAAAACGGGAACUUCGCUCCGUAGAGCUCAUACAGAAAAAACGGUCACUGGACAAACAGCAGAAGGAUCUGAGAAACUUUUUGGAAGUGUUGACAAAUCAUGCCAGUGAUGAGACUGAGAACGUGCUCACGCAGCUGCAGAAUAGCUCUAUUUCCACACCGAUUACUUUACCGGACACUCUGACGUCGUCUUCAGCCAAGGAAUUUUGCGAGAAACUGCUCAGCGAAAUAACCGAAAAUUUAGCUAAACUGAAUAAGGAUAUUACUGAAGUCAGUGAUUUGUCGACUUCAUAUCCCGUGGAAAAGCUAACAGACUACGAGCUGAAAAAAUACGAUUGGUUUGAUAUCGUUUCCAAGAAUGUUCGCCUAAAACGCCAUGGUUUUGACGGAUGUCGCAUUCGUUAUCUGAAUUUUCUGGCUCCGCAUUUGAAAUCAGCUGCCUCAUGGACGCAGCCAGACUUGCGGCGACUGUUGUUUCUAGUCGAACAACAUGGAGAACAUAACUGGGAUGUUAUAGCUCAAGAGAUUCCAGGUCGAACAGCGUUCGCAUGCUGCCAGCAGUAUGUCAAGUUUCAGAAGGAAAGCCCGGAAGAAAAUCGUCUUCGUCGCUUAUUUUUCGCGCCAGAAGACGUGAUCCGCCUCAUUCAUGCCUACCAUGUUACUCAAGGCGUUUGGCGGCUUAUUUAUCCACUUGUGCCCGGAAAGAGUCGAUUGGCAUGUAAAAGGUACUGGGAAGCUAAUCUCGACCCGAAUGCCAAUCGGAAUGCAUGGACUGAACGGGAAAUGAAUAUUUUGCGAAACUUUGCUGGGAACAAAAAGGGAAUAUCGCAGCGGAUUAGUAAGCUGAAGACUGCUUUGCCCGAACGAAGCUCUUAUGACAUUAAUCAUGUCUUUUAUGGAAUGUUCAAACGUGCGCCGGAUGGUAAAUGGGAAGAGAAAGGAGGGUACCUCCCAAACACCGAGAGCCGAGAACAAAAGACUGCUUUGGUUCUUAAGUUGAUGGACCAUGUGCUUUCCACCGUGACGGAGCCAUUACGAGAUGAUCUGACAGUUUCCAUGGAAGAGCUGGUAACUGCGCCAGAGGUGAUAAUCCCGACGCGAAGAUUCUUGCGCGAGUUGGAUUUGUUGCAUCCUUGUCAGCGCGAAGUAGCCGACAAUGAUGUACGACAUGUCCCACGAAACCUUUCCGAAAAUGACCACCAUCUUGUGGAGAUGUUCUCUGCGCCGGUAAUCGAAAAGAUGAGGCCAUUAGGUCGAAAGCGCAAAGGAAAUGUGUUUGGGUCCAUUCCAGCGGAUCUACAGGUGUUAACUAUGGAAGGGAAGCGUGAUGCCAUAAAAUCAGUAUUAGCGAAAAGUGAUGCGGAAAUUAACGACAGCGUGGUUCUUAUUCCUCCGUCUCUGGCCACGAUUGGUGCAUUUGUAAAACUGAAGGAAUUGUUAUCUGGAACGUGUCUAAUGGUUGAAGAAAAAAUUCACGAAACCUGUGAGGCGGAAGAUUUAACUGAAAUGCAGAGACGAGUGGAGAGUUUGUUCCUGACAACAGAGCUGUUGCGUCUUACCGUGAGACAGCACGUUGAUAGCGGUGCUGCUGCUUCCACUGCGGAUGAAGCGCUGCCACAGCCUGUGACUACUCCAAAGGUUAAUAAACGAACUCGUCCGCUGACCGGCCGGACCCAAAGCAAACGACGUAUCACUUGGCUUAAAGAGCUAGCAGGAAAAAGGCGUCAGGACAGACAGAACAAAAGAAAACUUUCGGAGGAAAGCGGAAAAACCCCUAGCAAGCGCAGGAGGCGCACCGAAAUCUCUGAUGUCCCGCGACGAAGCUCUCGGUUGGCCGGUGAAACUGCUGUGACUUCUCUCUGAUGGUAUGAUUUAUGACGCUUUCGUUGCAACAAAUGCGUUACCGGCACCAAUGUUCAGCAGAUUUCUCGCAUUUAGUAUCUUCUUUGGUUGCGAAUUCGAGGAUUGUGAACCAGCUUACAAUGGUUAGCCUUAUAACUGCAGAGUUUGUUUUUUGUAUUGUAUCCAUUUUUUUUAGCAUUAACCCAGCACUUGUAAUCAGAUUAUCAUCAGUAUGAACUUAUGAUGAUAAUCGGAACCAGUAUGAUGUAAAGGUCAAA